AUGACAACGAAGGGGAGAGCCAAGAAAGCCAAACCAAGGGCGAAACCCUCGACUGUCCUGGCGGCCUUCGGAUACAGCAGGCGUUUGGGGUUCGAGGAAUGGGUUGUGUCGCGUAUGUUGGGGGUGUUGGGGGUGUUGGGGGGGUAUCAGAUGGCAUGCGUGGGAAAACACCCACCGCUGACGCUCCGAAACACAACUGGUUCACUGAGUUCACAACAAUUCCUAGAGUCUCACGAGUCCGUCCAUCUCAACCGGGAGAAUGAGCGGGGCCAGGAAGAGGCACAGGAGGGGACUCAGACGCAAGGGGACCUUUCCAACGUCCCGAACAUCAGGAGCAGGAGGCCUAGGCUCUUGAACACGAACCUUCAUGCAUUUGUGCAUCGGCAGAAGGACCGGAAGGAAUCCCAGGCUGCAACAUUCCUGUCAGCUGUGUCGUGUAAUUGGUAG